AUGACUCGUCACCUCAAACAGUUCACCCAAAGCCAAACUUUGUAGCUGGUAGCUAGUUCGGCGCUCAGGACAAAAAAGAGCAUUUGUGGUUAUUGGUUGCUAUUAGUGCUGCUAGAAAUGAACUUGAAAUCUGAUACGGGAGUUUUCCGGUGGCUUCAUUUAUGAGGAGAAAGAGAAGCGCAAGAGUGAAAGAACUACGUUUCGCUGCGGAUUGUUACUAGUUACAACAGUGCAACAGAGAGUGGUGAAGAGCAAAAACCCAUCGCUAGCUUGCUAGCUGUAUUAGAGCUGAGCGCUUGAGCACGGAAAGUUUCCAGUGAAUGCGCGUGUCCUGUAUAUUUUUGUUUCACUAUUGUAUGCUUCUAAUACUUACUUUUAAAUCAAAGAGGACUGUGACUGUGUUUUAACCCAAAAAGACUGCUCGAAAUUGGGAGGACUUUACUGAGCUCAAGAUGUCAAUUUUGCCUUUUACUCCCCCGAUUGUGAAAAGGCUUUUGGGUUGGAAAAAAGGAGAACAGAACGGCCAAGAAGAGAAAUGGUGCGAGAAGGCGGUUAAAAGUCUCGUGAAGAAGUUGAAAAAGACGGGUCAACUGGAUGAGUUGGAAAAAGCCAUCACCACCCAGAAUAUCAACACGAAAUGCAUUACCAUACCGAGGUCUCUGGACGGCCGGCUGCAGGUGUCCCACAGGAAGGGUCUGCCCCAUGUCAUAUACUGCCGGCUGUGGCGCUGGCCGGACCUGCAGAGCCACCACGAGCUGCGGGCCAUGGAGCUGUGCGAGUUCGCCUUCCACAUGAAGAAGGACGAGGUGUGCGUCAACCCCUACCACUACCAGAGGGUGGAGACGCCAGUGCUGCCCCCGGUGCUGGUUCCUCGGUACACAGAGAUCCCCAGUGAGUUCCCCCCGCUGGACGACUACAGCCACUCCAUCCCCGAGAACACCAACUUCCCCGCCGGCAUCGAGCCCCAGAGCAACUACAUCCCUGAGACACCUCCGCCAGGCUAUCUCAGCGAGGACGGGGAGACCAGCGACCACCAGAUGAACCACAGCAUGGACGCGGCUUCCUCCCCCUCCUCCCUCACAGGCUCCCCAAACCUGUCACCCAACCCCGUCUCUCCAGCGCACAGCAACCUGGACCUGCAGCCUGUGACGUACUGUGAGCCGGCGUUCUGGUGCUCCAUAUCGUACUACGAGCUCAACCAGCGCGUGGGGGAGACCUUCCACGCCUCCCAGCCCUCGCUCACAGUGGACGGCUUCACCGACCCGUCAAACUCAGAGCGCUUCUGCCUGGGCCUGCUGUCCAACGUCAACCGCAACGCAGCCGUGGAGCUUACCCGCCGCCACAUCGGCAGGGGCGUACGGCUGUACUACAUCGGGGGAGAGGUGUUCGCCGAAUGCCUCAGCGACAGCGCCAUCUUUGUCCAGAGUCCGAACUGCAACCAGCGCUACGGCUGGCACCCAGCCACCGUCUGCAAGAUCCCACCAGGCUGUAACCUGAAGAUCUUCAACAACCAGGAGUUUGCAGCCCUGCUGGCCCAGUCUGUGAACCAGGGCUUUGAGGCGGUGUACCAGCUCACCCGCAUGUGCACCAUCCGCAUGAGCUUCGUCAAGGGCUGGGGGGCCGAGUACAGGCGACAGACGGUGACUAGCACCCCCUGCUGGAUCGAGCUGCACCUGAACGGGCCCCUGCAGUGGCUGGACAAGGUGCUGACUCAGAUGGGGUCUCCCAGCAUCCGCUGCUCCAGCGUGUCAUAGGAUGACCCCGGACCCCGGACCACGCACAGACCAAAACCCAGACAGAGAAAACGGGGCAGGGGGAGGGAGGUGGGAAUGGGGGGUGGGGGGUCCAAGUUUCCCACCAGAAGACUGGGAGAUAUGGGGGACCCCCCAUAUCCCCCCCCCCCCCCUCGAGCAGAUCUGCAGCACACCCCAUUGGUUGGAUCCAGCUGCACCACUUCACACACGGUCCUAAAGCACUUUUAAUUUCAUGUUUGUGGCAAAAGGGGAUGAGUGCAUUACAAACAGUACGGUUUGUAUUGUUUCCACGCUUUCUGUAUCGAUUUGAUGCCGCUUUAAAAAAAAAAAAAAAGACAAUGUGUAUAUCGUCUUGGCAUUCGCUGCCAAACAGCCAUAGUGAGCCAUAGCUGAAAAAAUUAUGAGAAAUUAAGAGGUUUCCCUCUGUAGUUCUUCAUGGUGAUUUAAGAUGUACAUAUACUAGCAGAGUAGUAGUCGUAGCUUAGAGCGCAUUAUGAACAAUGAAAGACUGUUAUCUUAAAGAAAAUGGACGUUUAAGAAAUGUUUUGCUGUCUUGGAGCAGGGGUGUCAGACUCAGAUCCUAGAGGGCUCUGUGUGUGUGUGUGUGCGUGUGUGUGCGUGUGUGUGCGUGUGUGUGCGUGUGUGUGCGUGUGUGUGCGUGUGUGUUUGUGUGUGUUUGUGUGUGUGUGUGUGUGUGUGUGCUGGUUCUUCAUGGCUGUCAGAUCGCUGGACAUUAGUAUUGACAUUUACACCUUUGCAUUUCUCAAAGCGCAGUCCAGCAAACAUUUCUGCAUAGGCUGUACGUAUUUCAGCAGAUUUGUAUUGAAGUUUACCUCCAGGAUACGAGUCUGACACCUGACCUUGUGUAAAGAUGUAAAGACGGCCCCCUGCCCUCCUUCAGGGUUAACGUUAGACGAACCAAACCUGUUAGAGACGUUUUCACCUUUUUAUGUCUGCAAGCUGCACGUAGAUUGGAGAGGCUGGUUUGAUGCUUUAUGGCAUUGCGUCGGUGUUUUGUUUCAGAAGACUAAUCCCCAACGUACACACACACACACACACACACACGCACGCACGCACACACACUCUCUACUCUGUAGGAGACAGCAGGCAUGGUUCUGGCAGAAGAGCAGGCGAGUUCUCGUGUUAAACACUGGACGCGUGUGGCUACUCCCCCCCUCCCUCUUUGCGAGUGUGAGCGGACAUGUUGGUUUCCUGUCCUGGCGUGGUGUGGAGUACCGCAGUCUCUCACCCUGCUCCUAAUCUCCCUUUGUGAACCCUCCAGGACACACUUCUCCCUCAUGUAAGAAGUGAUUGUGCCGUGCGUUUAAUCUUUUAGCCAGCUGUCCGGCCCUGGCGUCGGUAUCCUCGUUGCAGGACCAGGGCCAGCUUUCUCUCUGCCCGUUCAUCCUCCCUCACUCACUCGCUUUCUUUCGCUUUCCCUCUCGGCCUGCGCUCCACUAGGCUUCUGGGGGGAGGUUAUGACAUUUGUUUUGAAAGCAAAACUGUGGGGUGGUUGUGGCACUGCUGUGGCAGCACCAGGGCGUGAUCGUUGCGGUUCUGUCAACGGCAGAUGCGUCGCGAUUUCUGUCAUCCCCAAGAACGUACAGCCAUACUAACAAUGAAUAUUCAGGUACUUUACAUUUUAAAGUAACGUUUUCCUAAAGAGUAAAUGAGAAAAGCAUUAGUUCUUCGUAAUUUACGUGGAAUUAACUAAAUGUUUGGGUCAGUUAAAAAAAAAAAAGGCAUUGUAAAUAUUAUAAAGUGGUAGCUGGUGCCUUUUUGAUUCUCAAAAUGUUACUCGGUAGGUCCUUCACUUGUGGACACAUCUCUGCUCCACAGAGAGUAGCUGAAGCGCACCUAUUGAGAUUUCUUUUUGUUUGUUUUUUUGAAAGUUAUUUUUGCAGAAUGUCCUGUACAGGAAAUAAAAGGGGUGAGUUUGUGUUUUCUUGUCCCAUAACGGUAAUGUUAGCUGUACAUAAAGAUAUUUAGUGUUAUAUAUUACGUGGUCUGUGUCAUAAACACUAAAGGAGAGCGAGCGGAACGUGCCGGUCCUGCCCUCGGGGGCAGCGGUGCUGGACGGGGGGGUCGACACGCAGACCGGGGGCGCCUGUAUCUCUCAGAGGCCUCGCAAACGUGCUGGGGGCUGUCGGCUUGGCUCAGAGCUGUCGCCAGCCAGCCUCCCCCGGUCCUGCGCGCCCAGCGUCCGUGCUCAGCGGCGCGUCUGUCCAACACAAAGGGGUCGAGUCCCUUCCUCAGGACCACCUUGCUUUUUCACUCUCGUGGAAAAAAAAAAACGAAACAAAAUGUGUACACCUAUAAAGAUGAAAAAGAUGCAUGCUUAUUUUCUGAAAUUUCCACUCUUUGUACUGUAGAUUCUAUUUUGCUACCAUGUACCUGUACUUUUUUUUAUUUUUAAAAGAAAGGGGAAUUUUUAACGUAAUGUGGUUUUAACUGCAAAUUAUGAGAAUUAGUUUUUUAAAUUGAACAAUUGGGUAAUGAAAUGAAAUGGGGUAGGGUAGGGCGGGGUGGGCGGAUGAUGCUGGCAGGAUGCGUGAAGUGCGUUAGAGAUAUUUUUGUACAGCAGAAGUAGGCAGACUUUAAAAAGGGAAGUGCUUGUUGUCACGGUAGGCUGUGUGUGUACUCGAGCUGGGCCCCGCGUGUCCUUAUCCCUGAUUGGACGGCCAGAUUAUUUCUAUUCCUCCCAUUUUAAAGAGCAGGAUAGAAAUGGCACUGCAUACAUAAUCAGUGGUGUGUAUAUAUAAAAAAAGCUUUUCCCCAGUAAGCUGUAACAAUUUCCCCUGCAGAGGCAGCUGGUUUUGUAAACUGGAGGGGAGAGAGGCUCGGUUGUUCUGUGGUCUGAGGUGGAUCCUCGCUAAUGAGACACCGCUGUGAGCUGUGGCUCAGAACACACAGGUGGAACACUUAUCUUAGCCCCCAUUGCAUGAUAGCACUUAGAGACACGCUUCAGAUUUUACAAAGCCACAGGUCACGCUUCCAGGAAAAGGCACUUGGCUCUCAAACUGCCGCGGAUAUUAAAGGCGGCUUGCGUGUCCCUGCUGCUUGUGAAGUCUAAAACGGCCGCAUGGGGAUGGGGGUGUGGGUGCUCCAUGAGAUCUACCUGGAGCUGUGUGGUGAGGGGGGCUCGGAGCUGUGUGGGGCCUCUCUCCGUCAACAUUUCUGUCUUAUGGCAGCACGAUUCUGCCACAGUGGGGAAAAAUAUCGUCUGCUUAGUAUCUCAUUAUGAUGACAUGUCAGCGUAUCUCAUUUGACCUCGUAAGACAAAAUAGGCUGUGUUUGAAACCACAUAUUAUCCGUACUUAAAAUACUAUAUGGUGGUAAAAUGAGUAUGUAGUAAACCAAUUUUUAGAAUGUGGAAAGUUGCCAGAUGUAUACUACAUUUUGGAAAUGUAGCAAGUUUUUUUUUUUUUUCUUUCUUCCCCAUAGGCUACUGGAAAUUGCAGGUUAUGGCAUUGUUAAAAGAAUACUUGGUUACAAAACAUCCUCAUUAGGCAAACUAGCUAUUCCUUCUCCUUCCUUUCGUAUGUCAGUUUUCGUAUGUAGUACAGAGUAUGUACAAAUGUAGUAUGUUAGCAUUCCGUUUCAAGCACAGCCGUAGAGUCAUUACCCAAUAAAAGGGGUGGUUUAUUGGCAUCACCAAGUAAUGGUACUGUGCAGCCCUUGAGCACCCCCUCUUGGGAUUACAGAGAACUGUUCUCACAUUGAAAUAGUAGGAUAGCUACUGCUACAGCACCUAGCCUAUUGAAAAUGAUAUACAGCAUGUAAAUGAAAGCAACUCCGGGUUUUUCCUGCACAGCCCCAUAACGUUUCAGAAUUCGUCAGUGUACGCAUACUUAUCGCAAUACCAUCUACAGUGUUCUAGGAUAGCAGAAAUCUCACCAUGUCUCAACCCAAGGCUUAAAUUAAAACCAAAGUCAUGUAUACAAGCCAUUCUCCAUGUUACUGGCCUUCACUGGACAAACUACCAUUUUUGAUGCGCUUUCUUGUAAUAACAAGAUUCUUCUUAAAAUGAGAUCCUUGGGUUAUGUCCCCGUAAUGAGAAAAGUGAGAGAAGUUUCUCAUCGUAAUGAGAUACCGAGUGGAAGAUAUGGUUUCACUGUAGCAGCAAUGCUUUGCUGUACUGUAAGUUUUAUUUUUUACCCCAAUUUAUCCUAAUGUUGAAACUCAACUUAACCCUUUAAAUAAUGUCCUCUGGGACUGGACUGGAAAUCCAACAGAACAGAGGUGUUGUCUGGUCAUGUCCUUUAGGACAUUUAAGUAAAGGAAAUGUCUUUAAAUGUAUUAAUGUGUUCUUUCUUUUUAAAUCUUUCAUUACUUGUUAUUGUUGUAUUCUUAAAUUGGUGCUUAGUUUUGUGUCGUUUGUGCUUUUCCUUGAAUCGCGUCUUUUAUAUAAUUAUAAAUGCAUAUAUAUCCUUUGCUUUUCCUUGCAUAUGAAUUGAUUGUUUUAAAUGUUGCAUUGUAUUAUUUUUUGUUAUUGUUGGUCUUUUAAUAAAAUUUAAAAAAAUCAA